UCCCUUUGCCACUGGCCCAGGAGUGAUCACAUUGGCUCGGUCCCUUGCCUUGCCAUGAGCAGGCAGGCCGGCUUGUAGUCGACGGGACUCAAGAUCUCCUCACCCCAGUCCAACAGCUUGCCAUCUUGCCAACAACCUUGCCACUUCAGUUGCAACGCUGUUCUGUAAUUCCAAAAACAAGUACACACACGCACAACAAAAACAAGCACCGCAGCCAUUUAUUUCGGAUCGGCGUCCUUCCUCCACCUUUUUUCUCCCGGUGCUUUUGGGCCGGUACUUGUCUCGCCAUCCGCUCGGUUCCGCCGGCAUUCUCAAACCUACCGAAAGGGAAAAUCAGGAGAGCAGUAGAGAGAGCUGGCGCGCGCUUGGAUGGUGACGACUUUAGGAGAGAGACUGGAUGCCAGGAAACCGGUGAGUCGUGACCCUACCGAGCUGAUGGCGACCACCACCAGCGCCUCAUGCGUGGCAUCGUUGCGCAAAUGCUCCGAUAAAGCCUGUCUUGUCUUGCGGCUCGCCUGCGCAUGCUUCCGCGCGCCAUGAUUGCAUUGUCGGCUGCCUGGUAGGCCCCACGUGCCAUAGGCCCCCCUCGAACCCACCCCUGAGGUUGGAGGCAACGAGGUCCCUGGAGAUGCUGGCCAAGGAGCGGGGAGGCUAACGAAGAUCAGGGCCGCCACGAGUCCAGUCACCAACGCACCGCUUUGACUGCACUGACUCAAUGGCUUGAAUUAGGUCAUUUCGCGCCUGUGCGAUCGACGCCCAACCGCUCGGCUGGUACUGUAGUAGUGAGGCCGCAUCUACGGAGUACUUCGUAGGCAGGCAGCUACCUACCGACCUACCCGUUCUCGACAGCCGGUCCGGCGUUCGGACUGCCGUCAAGAGCAGACCUUGGCCCGAUCGGACCUCCUCGCUGUGCCUAACGCACCCGGUUUCUCGGCCCGUCACCAAUCGGCACCAUAGCCGCCCCAGACAACUUCCCACUGACGCUUCGGCCGACAACCAGAGGACGAACACCCCCCCAGCCCUCCCCCCCAGGCCCAAGCUACGACCCGGCACCCCUCCCUGGACUGGACCUGCCUGCACGCUCGUCCGCCCCCCCGCAGACCCCUGCCCAUCGCUCUGGACCUGGCGAGAACCCAGCGCGUCUCCUCAAAAGCAACCCGUCACCCUUUCGAGCUCCUGAGGGAGUAGAAUCGUCUUUUUAGACGUCAACCCGCCAAUCUGUCACGCGCGCUGCGAACUCUUCCUACCUCGCCGCGGCCCCCUGUGGCAGCCUCGCGAGACGUUUCUAUCCCGAGGACCCCUCGAGCCGCCGUUGCAUCCUCGCCCGUCUGCUGGUUCUCGAUCGUCAGUCACCUGUCACCUGCGGGCUUACCUUAGCGACAGCGACCUUCCCCCGCACCCCGCCCUCCUCCGUCACCCUGCGCCCGCCGCGGCUUGACCUCGCACCAAGGCGCCAACCAGAAUGGGCAUCUUCUCUCGGAGAGAAAAGGCUCCCAAGGGAAACUCUUCCCUGGCCACUUCUCACUCCACAGGCAGCGUCAAUUCGAACCAUUCGCGAGCCAUUCCCAGCCGAACGUCAGGAGGAAGCGCAACCGCCGGCACCCCAAUGUCCCCCAUGUCCCCAGUCAAGCUUCCCAAAGUCGAUCUCCCUCGCCCUCCCGACCCGCAGCUGGACCCGACCGGCUACCUCCGAAGCUUGGGGGCGGUGAGGGAACGGAGCAAGAUUAUCUUCGACAAGGCCUCUCGCAACGAAUUGAACCACUUCGACGUCGAUCUCGACAAGCUUUCGGACGUGGUCAGCUUCGUGUCUGGCUUGAUCAAGCGCGACUAUGACGCCCCGUUCAACACGAUCCCCGGCCAUGGCCGAUACCAACACUUCUGCGUCGGUGGCCGCGACCGCAUUGCCGACAUGCUCUCUACUUGGCCCGAAGGCGUUGAUAGCACUGAGCGCUGUCGCCGAAUGAUCGACCUUUUUCUCAUCAGUGUUCUCCUAGAUGCCGGUGCCGGCACCCAGUGGAGCUACAAGAGUAACGAAAACGGACGAGUUUACCGACGGUCCGAAGGCCUGGCCAUUGCCAGCCUGGAAAUGUUCAAAUCAGGCGUCUUCUCGGGCAAUCCUUCCAACAAAACACAAGUUGACAAGGUCGGCUUGCAAUCGCUAAAUGUGGAGAAGCUUGAAGCCGGCCUCCAGUCGCGCCCUGGCAAUGAACUCGCUGGUCUGCAGGGCCGCACUGAGCUACUCAUCAGACUGGCGAAGGCCUUGGGGAGCAAUGAGGAAUUCUUCGGCAAGGACGGCCGUCCUGGUAAUAUGAUCGAUCACCUGCUGUCUCACCCCUCCACUCAGGCUUCUUCGAUGCUCAUUGUUCCACUGCACGUGCUAUGGAAUGUUCUCAUGACCGGCCUUGCCAGUAUCUGGCCGCCAUCCCGAACGGCUCUUAACGGGGUGUCACUGGGCGACGCGUGGCCGUGCAAGGCGAUGCCCAAGGCUGGAAGCGCCUCCUGGGAAUCUAUCCUGCCAUUCCACAAGCUGACGCAGUGGCUCACAUACUCCCUCAUGCAGCCAAUGCAAUCGCUGCUCAACAUGCACUUUGCAGGCACGGAGCUGCUGACAGGUCUUCCGGAGUAUCGCAAUGGCGGCCUCUUCGUUGACAUGGGGGUGCUCACGCUAAAGCCCGAUGACCUCGAACGGGGCUUGCAACAUUACGCGGAGCACUGUCGACGGACGGGCAGCAAGGGUAUCGAGGUCGCCCCGAUGUUCGAACCAGGUGAUGACGUGGUGGUCGAAUGGAGGGGGCUGACGGUUGGCCUAUUGGACAAGCUUCAUGAGGAAGUCAACAAAUUUCUCAAGGCCGAGUUGGCCGGUAAUGAGUUGACUUUACCGCAGUUGCUGGAGGCGGGAAGCUGGAAGGGUGGCCGCGAGAUUGCCGAGAUCCAUCGGCCAAAUACGAAGGAGCCACCGAUUCUCAUCGACAGCGACGGUACAGUUUUCUGAGACACGACAAGGGUAGAUUAAGGUUACCCGCUGGCAUGGUACAGCGUCGGGGAGAUACCAGAGCCUCUCAAGGCUGCGUUGAUUCUGAAGUUUGCGACAACUGCAUAGACGGCGGCGAGGGCUUUUGCGGAGGUAGGGCUGCAUGCCCGUAACGAUACAUGUCUUAGUUCGUCUGCAUGAAUGGGACCCAGGUCUGGUUAUUCGACGACCCCUUGCUGAGCACGCUGCCCCGUCAAGGGGUUUGGUGAAAGUGGACGCCCGAAGGGACGCCUCAGGCCUGAUCCAUUUUUAGGAGAGUGGCUCUACCCUUGUCUAUUAUUAUACACGAUCUUUUCCUUUGAG